UAGCAAGGUCACACUGUUUGACUGCACACUUUUUUGCUACAAAGAGCGUGAUUUAUUUUUAUAAAAGCAAAAAUUUAUUAAUUGCUAAAGUAACUGCUAUAAUUCGACUGAAACUAAGACCUCAGAAUGUCGGAUGGAGAUUUGGAUGCCUUACGCGCCCAGCGCAUGUCCCAAAUGCAGUCGCAAUUCGGCGGUGGCGGCGGCAAUGAUGCGGAAAAACAACAAGCCCAACAGGAGCAGAUGCGCGCCCAGGAGGAAAUGAAGCACUCAAUAUUAUCUCAAGUUCUUGAUCAGCAGGCCAGGGCGCGACUAAACACCCUCAAAGUCAGCAAGCCGGAGAAGGCGCAAAUGUUCGAGAACAUGGUCAUCCGCAUGGCCCAGAUGGGUCAGGUGCGCGGAAAACUGGAUGACGCUCAGUUUGUCAGCAUCCUCGAAAGCGUUAAUGCCCAGAUGCCGCAGAGCAAGUCUUCUGUGAAGUACGAUCGACGUCGGGCGGCCAUCGAUAGCGAUGACGACGAGGAUUACGGCUGCUGAUCCUUCCGAAAUUCCGCCCAACUUUUAAUUUAAGUUAUACCCGCUCUUCACAUCCGCUAAAUCAUGUUUAUUAAUUUUACUAACUUAAAACGAGAAACAAAAGUA